GUCCAUUCUCAUUCUCGCAGUGUUCUCGAGGUCUACCUCGCCAUCUCUGGCAAUCGCCAUCGCGCAUGGGGCGAAGGAGGAUGGGGUGGCGCCGCACAAGACAACCGCCCUUUUCAAGACAACCGCCCUUUUGAGAUUGAUCUCGAGUCUUUCCGCAUGUUUUCCGCUGCAGGCACGGAUGAACAGGGAAGGGAAGGGAAGGGAAGGUUGAGGUGACAUUCAAGCUUCUGUUAUUCUGUUGCCGUUAAAGGGUCGGGCAGUGAGAAUUUCCAUUUUAGGGUUUUGUAGAAGAGGUUCGUUUGAAAGUUCUUGAGAUAUGUUCGCGCUUCUGGUGCUUUUUUCAGGUAGAUUAGAUUGUGAGUAUUUAGUGAGCGUUUUGAAGUUCGCAUCAAUGUCCGAGGUUGCCUAGCUCGCAAUUUACUUGGGCGCGAUGCAAUAUUGUGAGGCAGCAGGCUAAGAAGAAAAUUUACGCUGUUCACUGAUCGGUAUUUCCUGCAGCGUACAGUUGUCUUGACUAGGAUUUAGCGAAGCCAUAUUGUUUAGCAGUGUUUCGGUCACACUUUGCUGCAAUCUGAGAGGGUGAAAUUUAAGACCCUGUUGGUCACAGCUUGUUUCUUCACCAUCCAGAAUUAUCGUUGAAAGCUGCAGGGUUAAAAUUGCACUUCAUGGUGAUAACUGCUGACGCCUUUCGGAAUUGUGAUAGAGUAGGAGUUCACAAAUAAUUCUUUUAUGCACGAUAGAGGGGAUUUACAAUCAACUGAAGGGGCCAAAUGUCACAUAAACAUCAGAUCAAGUCUGACGGUGACAGCAUGAGUCCUGUAGAGCUUCCCGAUGAAAGCGACCGAGACGACUCUGAAUUUGUUGAAAAUGAUCCGACUGGUCGCUAUGGGCGGUAUGCGGAAGUAUUGGGUAAAGGGGCCUUCAAGACAGUAUACCGGGCAUUUGACGAGGUGGAGGGUAUCGAGGUAGCUUGGAACCAGGUGAAAGUGCAAGAUGUUCUGCAGAGCCCCGAGGACUUGGAGCGGCUGUACUCGGAGGUACAUCUGCUGAAGACACUGAAGCACAGGAACAUAAUAAAGUUCUACAAUUCGUGGGUGGACACGAAGACGAAGAACGUGAAUUUCAUCACAGAGAUUUUCACUUCCGGCAAUUUGAGGCAAUACCGGAAGAAGCACAAGCACGUGGACAUCAAGGCGGUGAAGAAUUGGUCACGGCAGAUAUUGCGGGGUCUGCUGUACCUGCAUAGCCACGAUCCGCCGAUCAUACAUCGCGAUCUGAAGUGCGACAACAUAUUUGUGAACGGCAAUCAGGGAGAGGUGAAGAUCGGGGAUCUGGGUCUCGCAGCGAUCCUUCGGCAGGCACAUGCAGCGCACAGCGUGAUCGGGACACCAGAGUUCAUGGCUCCUGAGCUGUACGAAGAGGAAUACAAUGAGCUGGUGGAUAUAUACUCGUUUGGGAUGUGCCUGCUGGAGAUGGUGACGUUCGAGUACCCGUACAGCGAAUGCACAAACGCCGCGCAGAUCUACAAGAAAGUGUCAUCGGGGAAGAAACCCGCAGCGCUGGAUAAAGUGAAGGACCCGGAAGUGCGGGCUUUUGUGGAGAAAUGUCUGGCCAAGGCAUCUAAGAGGCUUCCCGCAAGGGAUCUUCUGGUGGACCCGUUUCUGCAGUGCGAGGGGGAUCGUGAAGCGGUGGAGGCUCUGCCGACAAUUACUCUGUCAAAGACGCGGGCGGAUGACUUCGAGGAGCUUGGGGUGAUUUGCGAGGACAGCGCGUCGAAGCAGAAGGGCGGGGAGUUGAACAGUAUGUAUGAGGCGGACAACGAACGGGGUUACGGACAGGAGAGAAGAGGUGGUGGAUCCGGCGACGACGAGAGGUCGGAGGGGCGCGGCUCUGGAAGGUUGGCAGCAGCGUCAUCGGGAAGGCGUUCGGACGAGGAAGACGAUCCUUCGGGGAGCACCCGGUAUGGUAAAGACCGUGUGAGGAGGAGCAGCCGCGAUUUCCGAGUGAAGGGGAAGCGGAAAGACGACGUCACAAUAUUCUUGAGAGUGCGAAUUGCUGAUCAUGACGGUCACAGCCGCAACAUCCACUUCCCUUUCGACAUAGAGGGCGACACGGCAAUGUGCGUUGCGAGCGAGAUGGUGGAGGAGCUGGACCUGUCGAACCAGGAUGUGACGACGAUAGCGGAGAUGAUCGACGCAGAGAUCUUGGCGCUGGUUCCGGAAUGGCGACCUGGAGUCGCCGUGGAUGAGGGCGGUGUGGAGGCAGACAGUGCGUACCCGACAGUUGUGGAUGGGUCAGACGAGGUGGGAUCAGGCGAUUCUGUGGUGGAAGAUCCGCCGAGUUCGAGUUGGAAGGGGCGAGCCGUGUCUCCAAGGUUGUGUUCGGUGGGCGGGACGUCCCCUCCAAGGAUGGUGGAGGGCACAAUGCACGGGCGAUUCGAGGAAGUAACGUAUCCGGCGCGCGCGAGCAGUUCUCGACGUGGUUCAGAGCCGAUCUUCACGAGCGAGUCGUCGGACGAACGGGACGAGUCGGGGGAUCAGGGGUCGAAGUACGAUGGGUCGCCGGAGAGAGGAUCGGGUGCGUCGUGCUCGAAGCAUGGUGGUGGGAGGGAUUGGAGCGGGGGGUUCAACGAGUUGGUAGAGAGGCGGAGGAAUGCGGGGACUGCUGCGUACUCUCACGAGCCGUGGGACGUGCUGCAUCAGAACGAGGAGAGAGGGGACAGUAGCGUUGAGGAGGAGUUGGCGCUUUCAGGGGAGGAUGAGGAAGACGAUGAGGAGGCGAUUUCACGGAAGCUGGAGCAUCUAGCGCAGAAGCAGAGGGCGGAGUUGCGGGAAAUGCACAGGAGGCACGAGCAAGCGAUGUCGAGGCUUCGGAACAGGCGGAGGGGGAAGGGGGCGUCGUAUGGGGAAGCAGGGCGAUCGGUGUCACCUGGGUCUCAGCGGACGGAUUCGUCGUGCGAGGCGUUCCAUCAGGCGGAGGCGAGGAGGGCAUUGGCGAGCGGGUCGAUGUCGAACGCAGCGUGUGGGAGGCAGGUGGGUGUGGAUGGUGGGAACGGCAAGUCGGUGGUGGAGGAGGGAGGCAGGAGGGGGUGUGCGGAGGGGAAUGGAGGUGUCGGUCCUGCGGAUUUUAGAGUUUUUGGCGCACCAAAAGCGUAUGGGUUGGGGCACAACUUGCAAGGUCAUGUUGUGAUUGACAAGAGGUCAGGAGAGGGAUCGGCAUGGAGGUCGGAUGCUGAGGGAAGCGAUCAGGGGAAGUCGCAUAGAUGUGGGGAAUCCGGUGCAAUGAGUGGUGAGGGCGGCGGAGCGCGGUGAAAUGAGCGAAGCGAGUCGUGAGGUGGGUGGUAGCGUGGUAGUGCAGAUGCUUGUAGAGGUAGGAUUUAAUUCGUACAGGUGGUCGAUGUAUUAUGCAAUUUUUGGUGCUGGUUGUUGUUUGGUAGUUGUGAUCAAUUCGAAUGGUAUUUCUGAUGGAGUUUCAGAAUCGGUAACUUUGAUAGUAGGCUUUUGUUUA